AACCUGAACCUAUUAAAGAUUUAAACUCUUUUUCUGAAAAUAUCGACAACUAUGUUGAUUUUGGGGCCUUUCAGUUAUAGACAACAUAACUAGUUUCAAUAACCAAUCAAGACAUACAAAUAACUUACCAAACGGUAGCAUGCGAGACAGUCUACCCAUGGUAGAUGUAAAAGGUACUGGGAAAUCUAAAUCUCCGUUGUACAAAAUUGAUGAUCCCACUUCUGACCCUAAAAGUCCUACAAUCAACAAGGAAUCUGCUGAAACUAGAACAGAAACUCCUAAGACUAAAGUUAAGAAUCAAGUUAAUGUAGAAACACCUAAGCAGUCAGAAUAUAUUGUAAAAACUGAUAAUGUUACUCCUAUGAUGGAUUAUGCUUCUAUGUCUACACCGGAAAGGAAUAAAGAAUUGGACAAAUAUGGGCUGAAGCCAUUCAAACGGAAAAGAGCUAUACAACUUUUAACGCAUUUGUACAACCAGACCCACCCAUAUGUUGAAUCAACUGAGGAGCUGCCGUCACCAUCUAAAAAGCGAAGAAUAGAACCUUUAAGCCAACCUUCAUCUUCUAAACCUAGUAGUACAUCUAUAUCACCCCGAAAAGUUACUAAAUCACCUAUAAAAGCUACUAAAUCACCGAAGAAAGCUGCACAGUCACCAAGAAAAGCUUUAAGAUCACCACGGAAAGCUUUAAGAUCACCAAGAAGUGAAGACCAAAAUUUGAAUGAUUCAGAUAAAGAAAACGGCUUAUUCAUGAUGACAAGAGAAGUGCCUGUGAUUAGAAAUAUAGAGUGUGAUGAUGAUGACUGGGUUUUUCAGAAACGAGAGAAGGCUAAGCUUCAAACCUGCCGCGUGCCUUUACACAUAGCGUUCCACAACUACGUGUCAUGUCGCCUGCGAUUGCAUGAAGCCAUCCUUCGCUAUGAGCCCAUCAAUAUAGACAUAAUACAUAAGGAACUGGCUGCCAGUGGGCAUAGAUACGAUCCCAAGGAUCUUCUAAAAUUCCUGGACAAGAAGUGCAUCACAGUGAAAACGGCGGAUAAUACUAAAAACAAUAAGAGGUACUAGUGAAGUGAUUUCCAUUAUUUACAGACAAUCAUGUGUUCAUUUUAUACCAACUUGAACUUCGCUGUAAGGUAAUAAAUAUGGUUUAUUAUUUAAUGUAAUAUACCGGGUGCCCGGUAAUUAAUGGACAACCUUUUAACCACCAAGAGGGCACCUUAUACUGGUCCAGAAAUUCGACUUUAAGGUUUAGUAAAA